AUAGUUCUGCAGAUGCAGAUUCGAAUGUGUUCUUAGCAACGCAAGGCUUGCCUGGUAACACUUUCUCUCUCGAUCAAGUUUGCAGAUAAAACCGUGAGUUUCUGAGGCGACAAAGAUGACUUUAAAUCCUCUGGCGAACCCUAAGGGUGUGAGUCUGCUAUGUGAGCUGUGUCAGAAGCCGGCGUUUAUCCAGUGUACCAAAUGCCGAGUAACGUACUACUGUGGAGUAGAGCACCAGAAGGCAGACUGGGUGGGGAUCCAUGAGAAGAUCUGUCAGAUGUUGAUCCCGCUGCGCGUCCCUGAACCUUUCCUCAGCUCCGACGACGAACGGCAACACAGACAUCAGCAGAUGACUCACAGAAAGAAGCGUAUGAUUGAGCUGACCCGUACGACGGGACAAAAGCUGUUGUUUGAAGGUCACCACGAGCAGGCCGUCCCCGCUGCCAUGCAGUCUCUCCGCUUCAGUAUCGACGUGUACGGACUCAGCUCCAUCGAGCUCGUACCAUCUUACCUCAUCCUGGGGGAGGCCAGCAUUGGCCUAGGAAGACUGCAGCAGGCAGAAGAGUACUUGGCCCAGGCAGAGUGGACAGUACUGAAGACCCCAGAAUGCAGCAGUGCCAUCAAGUCUAAACUCUACCGGAACCUCGGGCUGCUGUUUGCUGCCAAGGGCAACUACGACGAGGCCAGACACCAGCUGGCAAAUGAUAUCUACUACGCGAGUGAAGAGUUUGGCCCCCAUGACAUCCACACGGCCGGCGGGUACUUCCACAUGGCUAACGUGUUCUUCAGGAUGAACAGGAUGGACGUGGCUGACUCUUUGUACGCAGAGGUGACCAACAUCUGGCACCAGCACCUGUCUCAGCUGAUCAGGUGGCGACUGAAGACACCUGUGACACCUUCUGGCAUCGGUCCAGCUGUAGAGGGGGAACAGGAAGAGGAAGGGGGGCUGGAUGAGGCUCAGGAGGCUGAAGCGAUCCAGGUGCUGAACUCCAUCCAUGACAUGAGAGAACAGCUGGCCCAUCAGAACCCGCUGGGGCUGGCUAACGUCUGCCACACACUGACUAUGCUGUACUACCUGCUGAAUGAUAUGGACAAGGCUCGAGAGUUCAGUCGUAAGGCGCUGCUGUCCAGCGAGACAGCGCCCCCCGGUGAGGACGGGUCGCUCACUACGAUCUCCGAGCUCGCCAAGGUUCUCGACGUUCAUCCUGAGACGGCUGCUACAUCUUAAAUGUCAACCUCGCCUUGAAACUUAGCAUAUAUUGUCUACAUCACUACUUAAUACAUACUUAAGUUGUGAAGAUUACUUCGCUUCUGAAGGCCACUUCAUAUUUAUGUAUUUUAUCUCAGAUUUGUGAACUGAAAAAUAAUAAAACGAUGGGAAUCUGUUUGAAACAUAAAGUUUGAGGAAGUAAAUAUACAUGUGUACUAACCAUCUGCCAAGUACAAUUAAUAUUUACCUUCACAUGGUCUAGACCAACAGACUACAAUAACUGUUCUGUUUAUUCCUCAUCAAUUUAUAUAAUAAUAUAUGGUGGCCUGACCCCCCCAAUGCCACUUGCUACAUAAUAUAAUCCAACGCUACAGUCCAUUGCUA